AUGCCAGGCUGGUAUGUUUACAAUGUCAAGAACACCGACAUGACUCAGAUGUAUGCCCUGAAGCGGAUGUGGCGCGAUGAAUCGAGGCCUAGCAAUCUACCCGAUGGGUCCCCCGUCGUACACUGUAGUCUUUCGACCCAUAUUAAGUGGUCCAGAACUGCUUAUCCUCGUGACGACACUCUCAAUGCGAUCCGGCGAGGCAUAACGGCGAAACCAAAGGAUUUGGAACCGGGACAGGACGUCAAUCGGAAGAAGAAGCUUGCUAACGACGUGAAUGUGAACGACCAACGCGUCCAUAUUUCCGUAGUGAACGGUCGCAAUUUCCCCAUCUCAAAGGGAUACACGCCUCAGGCGCGAAAUCGGACGUAUACCCUUAUGACUACACAUGGCCCUGUCAUCAAACAUUUCAAUGACGGCCCUCUUCUCGCGCGGGCCAUGCGCGACGCCAUCGAAGGGCACAGAGACCUGUGGUUCUCUGGCGUCCUGCACCGGGAUAUCAACCCGGACAACAUGAUUAUCACACCAGAGACCAAGGACGGCAAAGUGAGGUGUCUCACUGAUCUUAAUCACGGUAAAAAAUUCGAGACGCGGAUCGAGUUCCCGGCCGCGGAGACAGACGACUAUGAGGAUGUGCUGUCCUUUAUCAAGAAAAGGCUUGGCCUGGCUGUUGUGGAGGAUACCACAUUGAAGCUGUUAGCUUACUUUGAACCACUCGAAGCACUGCGGUUCUUGAAAGAGGCUCGACUUGUGUGGGAGAAUAUUCCGGACUACAUUAUUCCUGAGCCAGAUUCCGAUCCAAGACGCAGAUCAUGGCCUGAUACGGAUGAUGGAUCAAAAGAUGCUAUGAUGCGCACAGGUACGCUGUCGUUCAUGAGCGGGGAACUCAUCGCUCCUGCGAUAUCGACAUACUCCGACCGCUUCGGACGCAACACAGUCGUACAGGGUGUCAUCCACGACAUCGAAUCUUUCUUUUGGGUUCUCGUUUACCUCUGCCUCACACGCACAGGUAAAGGUCGAUGGCGCGACGAACUGCUCAAGGAUCCGCCCGAAGACGACGUCGCGAAAAAGAUUCUGCAUAACAUCGUUUACUGCUUAUUCGAUGCGUCGGCGGAGGAUGUGUUGAAGGCCAACAAAACCGCCCUGUUUACGAUGCCUGACCACAUGGAAGAACACAUUGUUAAAGCCUUCCAUCCCGACCUGAUAUGCUUGCAACCGCUCGUGCUGAGUUGGUGGAAAUUGCUCGUUUUCUCGUACAGGACGUACAACGAUCUCACACCCGGAGUUAUACACGCGCAAGUUCUCAAACUCUUCGACGAGGAAUUGAAAGGUAUCAGACAGCAGUUCGAGGCGCAAACGCUUGAUGUGGCUCGCUCUAGCUCAGACAGCCAGCCGGCAUCCGCAUCCGAGGGGCGCAUCGGCGAUGGUUCGCGAACGACGGCUCCAGAAUUCAACAUCAGGUCCCCCAGGCCGAAGGCAACACGCAGUUCGCGGCUGUAUAACGGGGAUCCUCCACCGGAUCCGUUCGACGUGGUGUCCGGCGCCAAUACACGAUCCAAUACCGGCUCUCCCACCCCUGCGCCCAAUAGGGCGAGGUUGGGGGACAAUUAG